AUUCAGGGUCACGUGCGGCGCGCUGACUAAUCGCAAGUUGUCGUGUCUUUGUGUCCCUCGGUUUUCUUGUAUCUGAAUAUUAACUGCCAGACAAAGCAUGCCUUUCCUAAAUGACGAGGAGAUUUCUAGUGAUGAGUCGAUUGAGUGUGAAGAUGUGGAAAUCGAUUAUGAAAAUCUAGCCAACAAUGAAGCAUCCCAACUACCACCUCCACCACCCACUUAUCCACCAUCAACACAGAAGAAUUCUGCAAAAAAAACAAAAAAUCCUUCUGAAUUACGUGUUAGCAAAGGCAGAGUGUUAAAUUAUCUUCGAAUACCAAAAGCUGUUGAUUUCAUGUCUCCAGAUUUGACUGAAUAUGUUACAGAAACACAAAGAGCAAGUUUAAUUGCACAACUCAAAGCUAAUAAAGACUGAUUCAAUUCAACGUAUUUUUGUUUUUUUUGUUGUUGUCAGUCCUACUGGUUAAGAUUAUUGCCGCUGAGUAGGCAAGUAGGCAAGCGUUGCCGCAUCUUUGGAAGCCUAGUUUGCGUUCAUUUACAUCUCAUUUAUUCGACUCUGUAACUCACUAUUAUACAGUUUUGCUGUGAGGCUUCUAAUAAAGGAAAGCAUAUAUCUUUUGAGGCUUUUUUAAAUUUUCCGUUGAUUUAUUCUGCCAGAUGGAAAGGUUCGGUCUCUUUGUUGAUAUGUCGACUCAUAGUAAA